AUAGAGCCUGGCACUCAUUGCUUUGCCUUUGUUUAACAAGGCCCAUCCCUAACGCCGUUCUCGUGGCAAUUGCGUUAUACGUGCUAGUAUACUGUUUGUUAUUAACGCAGUAAAUGUAGAAGCAAUAGUUUGCACGUUGCAGUGCAGUUGGGCGAUCGCGAGGUCUGGCAAAGUCAUCGUUCGUUAUGUGUCUACACUCUGUGAUUUGAGCAAGUACUUGAGGUGAAGGCUUUGAUGGGGCUUGCGUCGGGGGCUUGCGUAUUCGUGGGGCGCAUGCGUCUGCAUGCGUUCCGCAUGCGUGUUUCGCACGCACAACAGAGAGGUUUGCCGCUCUCCCCGCCCCUCAUGCUUCUUGCUUUCCGUGGACGCAUGCGUCCCACCCCCAACGCAUGCUUUACGCACAAAAAGCAGUCCACUGCCGCGGUGGCGCCGGCAGGUGUCACCGCCCUGCCCAGUGCUGCGACCUCCAAGUCCGCGCCGGGCCCGCCUGCGCGCUGCAGUGCUUCGGCACUCCCGCCCAGUUAUGGAGGUGGGCUUGCUGUCGGCGCUAGCGCCCCGCCGUCACCGCCACCUGUGCUGCUGCAGUCCACUGCCGCGGUGGCGCCGGCAGCUGUCACCGCCCUGCCCAGUACUGCGACCUCCAAGUCCGCGCCGGGCCCGCCUGCGCGCUGCAGUGCUUCGGCACCCCCGCCCAGCCCUGGCGGUGGGCUUGCUGUCGGCUCUAGCGCCCCGCCGUCACCGCCACCUGUGCUGCUGCAGUCCGCUGCCGCGGUGGCGCCGGCAGCUGUCACCGCCCUGCCCAGUGCUGCGACCUCCAAGUCCGCGCCGGGCCCGCCUGCGCGCUGCAGUGCUUCGGCACCCCCGCCCAGUUAUGGAGUCCACUGCCGCGGUGGCGCCGGCAGGUGUCACCGCCCUGCCCAGUGCGUGCUGCGACCUCCACUGUAACGACGGGAAACUCGCGUCUCGGCGCGUCUCAGCGCGUCCGAGCGCGUCAGAAUGCGUCAGGGGGCGUCUGGCCGCGUAUCGUGACGCGAGUGCUGAGACGCGAACAGUGACGCGAACUACUUUGAAGGGGACCCAUACCGUGGUGCGCACGGUGUUUUACACUAGCCUAUAC